AUGUAUGGAAAGAAAGCAAUUUUUCCUAAAAAACCCGAAGAGUUUCCCCUAAACCAAAAUAAUUUAGUAGAUGAACAAUUUGCUAGCAUAGAAAAAAAUAUUAAAGUAGAUUUUAAGAAAAUAUUUAAAGCUAAAAAACCGAUUAAUCUUAUUUUAACUGCUACUAAAUUUCAAAGCACGGUUAAGCCAAUGUUUCAAAAUCUAUUAGGAAAGGAAGCAAAAGUUACUUUAAAUGGAUUGACUGGUAUUGCUGACGAAUUGCAAGCGAUUAUUUUUGAUGAAGCCAUACCGUUAAAUAAAAGAUAUUUAGAUGAUGAAUACAAAACCGAAGAAGAAAAGUUUAGUGAUGUAAUUAAUGUAGUAACCCGCAAUGCGAACGACAAGCCAAUUUAUUUUCUUUGUAAUCCAAACGCUAAGGGAGCAUGA